CAGACAGACUUCACAAGAGGAUCGUCUGAAAUAAACAGCUACUAUCCAUCUCUGUGCAAAGGAAAAUGUAGCUGCCCAUUGAGGAAGUCACUGAAGCUGGAGCUGACAGUGGGGCCUGCCUGACAUGGCCAGGGUGCUGGAAUUGAUUCUUCUCGUGGCUCCCUGUGGGUACCUAGUGCUGACAUCGGUGAAUAACUUGACAAUCACUCAGAGCCCUUCUGAGCUGCAGCUACUGGUGGGACAGUCUGUUGAAAUAAUCUGUUCCUGGAAUGUCAGUUCUGAAGUGGAACAGUUUCGAGUAGAAUGGAAAAAAGUCAGCCAUGUCCAAGACAGUGUUACCCAUCCAACAAAAACCCUCAAAGACAAUGCUACCCUCAUUAAGAAGAAUUUAUACGACAGGAACGUUUUCAUCCAAGACCCCGGGAAGGAACCCCUGGAACUAAAAAACCUGAAAGUACAUGACUCUGGACUUUACUUAUGUAAAAUAACAGUUGACAUACCUAUAUAUAAGCAAGCACAAGGACCUGGAACUCUUCUCACUGUGAAAGAAAAGAAUACAAAAAAACAAUGGCCCUGGUGGACUUUGGUCAUCUUUCUUCUCCUAACAUUCAGUACCUGCUUGAGCUAUUAUUGCAAGAAGCGAAAGAAUUCUCAAAGAAUUGAGCCAAACAGAACUGACCAGGAGGAAAAGGAAGACACUGAGUAUAUUGAAAUGAAAAGAAAAAUGAAGGAAAAUAAAAGAACCCCAUCUAAUACAACAGAAUGGGCUAUUUCUGUCCUUUAUGAACCCAUGACCUCUUUUGCUAAAAAGCCAGGUGAACAGAGGGAUGAUGACGUCUACACUUGUUUCUGCUCAGACCCAUUACAAGUGCUGAGCCCAGGGCCAUCAGCCAUUGCACCCACAACCAGUACUGGUGCUCCAGAAACUCCCAGUGAAAUACCCGGGAAAGGAAGAAACCUAGAUCUUGGCUACAAACAGAUUGAGUUCUCUUCAGAAGGUACCAACUUGACCUGAACCACCACCAAAACAAGGCAUGAGCAAACUGGUCUCAGAGGAAACAAAGAUUUUGAAAACCUGGGAUAUCACCUAAUUAGUCCAACCUCUCCAUUUUGCAAAUAAGAAAAUCGAGGUCUAGAGAGAGAAAAUGACUUCCUUUAGGUCCUGUGGAUUCAAGAUCAGGACCCAAGUUCCCUUUCAAAAGCUAUGAAUUCUGACUUGAAUAGAUACUAGAUUUUGUCCUUUUCCUGUUGAACUAGAGCAUCUGGGGAAAUCCUUUGAACUGAAGGUACCCCUCAGGAGUGGUCAGAGCCCACAGCUACUUCACCUUCAGCUGAGCUAGGGAUUGAGAUAAAGCCAUGGAUAGGGACUAAACCUAUUAUUUCAUUCUACAGAGAAACCCCAGGUGAGGAAACUCCCUCUGCUAAUGCAGGUGAGCAUCUUCUGUGAACCUCAUCUCAGUGAGUUGCCUAGAGCACUGAAACUUACCCAGGGUCACAAACCAGUAUGUGUGAGAGGCAGAAUUAGGACUCAGCUUUUCCUGGCUUUCUAUCCACUAUGCUACGGAUAUUCCCCAUUAAAUGAUGUUGUCUGGA